CUGACUGAUUGAUCUCAGUUAGCAAUGGGAGCUUACAUCAGCUGGCGGCGGAAGCUUUGACAGGAAGGAUUUGGCUGCUCUGGAGUCCAGUUGGCAGAUAUGGUGAGGCACGGCGUGAUGUCGGAGCUGCAAACCAUCCAGCAUCCUCAUCAGGGCAACCCCCUGGCUGUGGGCCAAGUAGGACAAACCUGUGCGAGAAUCCAGAACAAUGGGAACAUCACGGAAGAACCGCAGCCCCUCUCGCAGGGUACAGCAGAGAUUGAGAAAAGUCAGCCGGUGAACAUCCCAGAUUUUUCCAAAAGGAGAAAGAAGAAACGGACUAGAGCAACAGACAGCUUCACAGGCACCUUUAACGAUCUGUACAAACUGACAGAUGAGGUGCUUGGUCAGGGGGCAUAUGCUAAAGUUCAAGGAUGUGUGAGCCUGCAAAAUGGACAGGAGUUUGCUGUGAAAAUCAUAGAAAAGGCCGCAGGGCACAGCCGAAGCAGAGUAUUUCGAGAGGUGGAGACUCUCUAUCAGUGUCAAGGAAACAAAAACAUCUUGGAACUGAUCCAAUUCUUUGAAGACAGCUCGUACUUUUACUUGGUGUUUGAAAAGCUGCGUGGAGGCACCAUUCUUACACACAUCCAGAACCGAAGGCACUUUAAUGAACUGGAGGCCAGCAAGGUAGUCCGGGACAUUGCGCAAGCUUUGGACUUUCUACACACAAAGGGUACAUUUAUUUCGGAACAGCUUAUAUGUCGAAGUCUUGACAUGAAAACGAUUUAUUUUGGAGUGUGUUUUUGCUUCUCAGGAAUUGCUCAUAGGGACCUCAAGCUGGAAAACAUCCUGUGUGAAUACACUGACCGGGUGUCACCAGUAAAAAUCUGCGACUUUGAUCUGGGAAGUGGAGUAAAGCUCAGCAGUGCCUGUACUCCCAUAACGACGCCAGAGCUCACCACGCCGUGCGGCUCAGCGGAGUACAUGGCUCCGGAAGUAGUGGAGGCGUUCACCGACGAGGCCUCCUUCUACGACAAGCGCUGUGAUCUGUGGAGCCUCGGCGUCAUCCUCUACAUCCUGCUGAGUGGAAGCCCCCCCUUCACAGGCCACUGUGGCACUGACUGCGGGUGGGACCGGGGGGAAGCAUGCAGAGCGUGCCAGAGUUGCCUGUUUGAGAGCAUCCAGGAGGGCAAGUACGAGUUUCCAGACAAGGACUGGGCUCACAUCACAGACGGAGCCAAAGAUCUCAUAUCAAAGCUGCUGGUUCGGGACUCCACUCUGCGCCUCAGCGCUGCUCAGGUCCUGCAGCAUCCUUGGUUACAGGGGAAUGCACCAGAGAGAGGUCUUCCAACUCCUCGUGUCCUACAGAGGAACAGCAGCACCAAGGACUUGACCCAGUUUGCAGCAGAAGCCAUCGCCUUUAACCGGCAGCUCUCCCAGCACGACGAGCAGCAGGAGGAGUCGGCGUCCAUCGUCUGCUCCAUGAGGCUGUCCCCUCCUUCCAACUCCCGGCUGGCCCGCAGACGGGCCCAGUCCAACGCUCUGCGCAGCGGGGACUUCUCUUCUGUUUCUGAUGACCUCGCAGCCUGAGCCACCAGCACAACCUCCCUCCUGGUUGUCUUCACUAACCGAUAUCAGAUUCUACUGGCUCUUUUUUUGUUUUGUUUGUUUUGUUUGUUUCUUUUUUUUGCACAGGGAGUCUUAUUGGAGCACUCACAUGGUAUCAGAGUCGACUAACUCUACAUCCAACACUUUUUAAGCUGCCUAGGUUUUAAACUCUCGAGAUCACUUUUCGCUUUAAAAAAAAGUAUUUCUUAAGCUUUACAGAUGUAUUUAUUGGUAAUUCUCAACCAAAAAGUCAGCAACAAAACCUCUGUUGUUACCAGCAGAUAAUUCAAGGACAUAUCAUUACCAAAACAGCGUUUUAGAGGUGCAGCUGUUUACUGUCCUCGUGCAAAAAUCAUUUUGUUUUUGCUGAUUUUAUUUCUCUUUUAUUUUUUUUUUAGCUGUGAAUUAUUCAGUAUUUUGAUUUUAUUAUUAAGCUUCUGAAAAGGGAUGAUUUGUGCUUCUUAAAGCCCAUAUGUGGAUGUGAUCGGAUGUUUGUGUUUAUGUUUGAAGGGUAGAAGAGGACGGUUCUUGGGGAAAACUGGACCUUUUAUUAAUAUUACCAGUUCAUGUCAUUAUGUGUAAUUGCAUGAGUGUGAAAUUCAGGUGCUAGAAUUAAGGAUCUUUUCACUGCAACACAACCUACCUGUAGCACUGAUGUACUUUAAAAUGAACUUAGUUUGAGUGAAUGCAAGAGAAGCCCAUUUGUGCCACUUUAAAGAAAACUAAACUCACAGUCACUAUUUAUGAGUGUUAAAGUUAUAACUAUGAGGUAACAAUAAUCAAUAAAUACAAUGUAUAUUUAAAGUCAAAUCAAUUAAAUAUACAUUUAUAAAAGGUAACAUAUUUUUGAGAUAAACAAUUUUAUUGUGUUUUUCAUCCUGUUUUUCCUUUGUUUUUUUAAAAACCAACAUUUUUAAAAAAACAAUAAGUUUAUCAUAAGUCCAGGUACGAAGUCAAAAUUAUGGUUAUCUACAUCAUAACGUUUUUAAUGUGAAUUAUAACUUACUUUAUAAAACUUAACUGAGAAUUGUGACUUCAAAUUUCAUAAUUUGAAUUAUAAAUCAUCAGUAAUAUAUUUACAACCUACAAUUUUAAGCAUUGAAAUGCAUGGCUAUGACUCAGUUUCUUUGAAGUUGUCUGAAUGGGCUUCCAUGGUACGAGGAGAAUAUAAUGUAUGCAGAGCAUUAUUAUUUUUUAUAAAUUUUUAUUUCAAUUCUCCAGAUAGGUUUUGUUUUGCUGUAAAAAAAACAAACAAAAAAUGAAACGCCACAACAAAUAUUGAUUUAUUUUCUUCUGGUCUCGGUUGUUUAGUAUAUUUGGAGUGGGGUUUUUUUUUGUAGACUUGAGCUGUGAUUCUUGCUUUUAAAGUUGUAGAUAGUUGCGAAAGUCAAAGGGAUUUAUUUUCAUGUUACAUUUGAUAGUAAGAAAUUAGCCUAAAGUAAUUGAAGGGAUUUAUUUUUGUAAGUGUAUUUUGUUUAGUUUUGUAUCUGGUAAUGUGAAGAUGGAAGAAAAAGGGAUUGAGCAAGUUGACGUUUGUUUAUCUAAAACUAUUUUGACUUGAUUUUGUUUUGGGUUCAUGUUCGGGCUGCAGUAUUCGCCUGAACUUCUUUUAACCCUUUUAAGUUUACGUGCCGCCCUCGAACAGAACCC